UCUGGCGCCUGCGCAGAAGGGAAUUGGAGGCGGUUGCCUGCCUGUUGGUUGUUGUAGUAACGGGGAAGCGUCGGGAGGAGGGAGCAGUGGCCGGUGGGGCUGCGUUGCCCGGAGCCCAUCCCAUGCCCCCAGGAAGGAAGCUGCAUUGGCUAGAUCCACUGAUCCUCUGUGAAAGGGACUAAGAACCACAGUGACUGGACUGCAUGAAAAUUCCUAUAUGAGAUGCCAGUUGGGAUGGCUCGAGACUUGGAGGAAACUGGCUCAUCCACAGAGGAGGAAGAAGUGGAAGAAGAGCCAGAGGAUCACCCAUGCAUCAUAUGGACUGGUGGCUGCAGGAGGAUUCCCAUAUUAGUGUUUCACGCAGAAGCCAUACUGACCAAGGACAGUUAUAUCCGCCUGAUUGGAGAGCACUAUCGCUUGUCCUAUAAGAUUGUGAAAACAGACAGCCGCCUGGUGCGCAGCAUUCUGACUGCCCAUGGAUUCCACGAGGUACACCCCAACAGUAGUGAUUAUAACCUCAUGUGGACAGGAUCCCAUCUGAAGCCAUAUCUGCUGCGCACCCUCUCAGAUAUUCAGAAAGUAAACCAUUUCCCCAGGUCGUAUGAACUGACCCGGAAAGACAGGUUGUACAAGAAUGUUAGUCGCAUGCAGUACACGCAUGGGUUCAAGGCAUUCCACAUCUUACCUCAGACUUUCAUCCUGCCAGCAGAAUAUCAGGAGUUCUGCAGUUCUUACUCAAAGGACAGGGGUCCCUGGAUAGUGAAACCUGUGGCCUCUUCCAGAGGGCGAGGUGUUUACCUGAUCAACAACCCAAACCAGAUUUCCUUGGAAGAGAAUAUCCUUGUGUCCCGCUACAUCAACAACCCCCUGCUCAUAGAUGACUUCAAAUUCGAUGUGCGCCUCUAUGUACUGGUGACGUCCUAUGAUCCACUUGUUGUCUACCUCUACGAGGAAGGAUUAGCCAGGUUUGCAACUGUGAGAUAUGACCAGGGAAUCAAGAACAUUAAAAACCAGUUCAUGCAUCUGACCAACUACAGCGUCAACAAGAAGAGUGGGGACUAUGUCAGCUGUGAUGACCCUGAAGUGGAGGAUUAUGGGAACAAAUGGAGUAUGAGUGCUAUGCUGAGGUACCUGAAACAAGAAGGGAGAGACACAACGACACUGAUGGCCAAUGUGGAGGAUCUGAUUAUUAAGACGAUUAUUUCUGCUGAGUUGGCCAUUGCCACGGCCUGUAAAACCUUUCUUCCACAUCGUGGCAGCUGCUUUGAGCUGUAUGGUUUUGAUGUCCUUAUUGAUGCUACUCUCAAGCCCUGGCUACUGGAGGUGAACUUAUCCCCAUCUCUGGCCUGCGAUGCUCCUUUGGACCUGAAGAUCAAAGCUAGCAUGAUUUCGGACAUGUUUACCCUUGUAGGUUUUGUGUGCCAGGAUCCAGGCCAGCGGACAAGCCGGGUAGGCCAUCAUUCGUCUGAGUCAGCCAGAAGAAAUCCCUUUCAGAAGACUCAGACUCUGUCUCUACAGCGUGCCCGCCCUCUGUCUGCCAGUGAUGCUGAGGUGAAAAAUGUGAUGCCCUCAGGCAAGGAAAAGGUAGUUGGAAAGCAAAGUGGAUCCAUGCUGGGCCUGUCCAUGGAGGAGAUAAAAGUUCUGCGUCGCGUGAAGGAGGAGAAUGAGCGGAGAGGGGGUUUCAUCCGGAUAUUCCCAACGCCAUUAACAUGGGAUCUUUAUGGAUCCUACUUAGAGCACAAGACAACAAUGAAUUAUAUGCUGUCCAUACGUCUCUUCCAGGACAGGGCCAGGAUGAGACGAGGCCCAGUUGCUGGAAGAGCCCGAGCAGCUCUUAAUGGGGGAGCAGGUCUUGGACUGGAAGCAGUGGAUUCUAAUCCUCAAUUUCGUGCUGCGCUGUAUGAGAGGAAGCUUCUGUCCCUGGAAGUACGGAAGCGCAGACAGUGUCAUAGCAAGAUAAAAGCAGCACGGGCAAGACCACCAGGGACUUCCAAGCUAAAGGAGAUGCCUCUAAAGUCUGACACAGAGAGUGAUGAAGAAGAGGAGGCACGUGAGAAUGAAGAAAUAGAGGUUACUAGGGAUGAAACUGCUGCCUCUCUUACGGACACGCAGGUAAAAUGCAAGCCAAAGCUGUCCGAGGUGAUGGAUGCUGUCUGCCGAGAGAACGUGUUGAAAGAGCCUGAACAGAAAGCUGGAGGUGGAGGAGCAGAGCUGCUUCUCCAAGAAGUUAAACCAGAGCCUCGAUUUAACUUGGUACAGAUUCUGCAAGAGAACGGGAAUCUAAGCAAAGUGCAGGCUCGCAGGGCUUUCUCUGCCUACCUGCAUCGUGUUCAACUACGUCUGAUGAAGGAGGCUGGGGACCAGAUCCACAAUGCUGUCUGGGCUGCUAAGGAGGAUGAGCAAAUGGAGCUGGUGGUACGUUUUCUGAAACGAGCAGCCAGCAAUCUUCAGCAGUCUUUGAGGAUGCUACUUCCCAGUCGACGUUUGGCUCUGAAUGAUCGUAGACGUAUCCUGGCUCACCAACUGGGCGAAUUCAUAGUCUGUUAUAACAAGGAAACAGAGCAGAUGGUUCAGACAAGAUCAAAAAGAAAUCAGGAAGAAGAGGAAGAGGAGGGUGUGAAUGCUGAAGGUUUUCAGGACUUUGUUACCAAGGCAAGUGAGAGUGACCUGGAGGAGGUGCUGACAUAUUAUACACACAAGAAUAAAUCAGCAAGUGUUUUUCUGGGAACAAACUCCAGGACCACAAAGCCUAGCAGCAGCAUCAGGCAGCCAGAAAGCAGGGCUCAAGGAGAUCUUCCUGAGAAGGUGGAAGACGUUAAAAGGAAUCAGCCCCAACAUUCAGUGACAGACUCAAGUGGAGAAGGAGAACUGAGAAGUUACAAGCCCAAAGAAGCCAGGCCAUCUGGGCCCCCGUCUUCCACGGAAAAUGAGUCAAAAUUACUCGGGUGCAAUCCCCCUAAUGCUUCCUCCUCUGUUUCUGGUUCCUCGAUCCAGAGAAGCAUCAGUUCCCAGCUGUCAUCUCAUACCACAGCCUCGAAAAUCACACAGGUGCCUGGUCACCACUCUUCCCUGGUUCUGCUAGCUGGCUCAAAACUGACUCAGUCCCCAUCCUCCCCACCUUCUUUCCAGAGCACAGUCCCUGACAACUGGUCUGUCUCCACAAAUCCAGUGUCCCACCAGACGUCUAGCCAUGCAGGGUUGCAUCGUUGUCGGUCUAGCAGCUAUACCAUUGCACCCUUCUCGUCAUUUCAAAGUGCUACUCAGAUCUACAGCCAAAGACUAUCCCGACCAUCCUCUGCUAAAACAGGUUCAUGCCAUCGCAGUCCAAGUGGGCAGUGCAUGGGCUCAGCCAGGGUGCACAAGGAUGAAGAAAACAGCUCUUCCCAGAGCAGACGUUACAACCACAGUAUUGUAGCAGCAGAGCUGCAGCGGCUGGGGGAAAAGCACAGUGAGAGUGACCUGGAGGAGGUGCUGACAUAUUAUACACACAAGAAUAAAUCAGCAAGUGUUUUUCUGGGAACAAACUCCAGGACCACAAAGCCUAGCAGCAGCAUCAGGCAGCCAGAAAGCAGGGCUCAAGGAGAUCUUCCUGAGAAGGUGGAAGACGUUAAAAGGAAUCAGCCCCAACAUUCAGUGACAGACUCAAGUGGAGAAGGAGAACUGAGAAGUUACAAGCCCAAAGAAGCCAGGCCAUCUGUGAUCAGUCUCAAGUUGGCUAACCCAGUUACCAUGAAGAGUAGAGUACAGGCAACGAAAAGAAACCACAUCAGCCUCCUUACGCAGCAGUUAGCAAACUUGAAUCUGGCGAGUGGAGCUACAAGCAGAAAGAGCACAGCCUCCCCACUGAGCCACCGAUCAGCACUUAACACAGGAGUAUCAAUUUGGGCUGUUCAGCCAGAUACUUCCACAGCUGACAGCAAGCCUACCUCCUCAGCAGUCAGGGCUCUAAAGAGUAACAAUUUUGCCUGGGAAGGAGAAUUAGACAACAGUGUCUACAGCAAGGUGACAGGAAGUCAGCUGGCACAUCCCAAGUAUCAGCCUACUGCUGGCAGCUAUCAGCUUCAUUUUGCCGUACAACAACUUCAGCAGCAGAAGCUUCAGUCCCGACAGCUCUUGGAGCAGAGCAGAGCCCGGCACCAGGCUCUGUUUGCCAACCACCCACCACCCAGCUCCACCAGUAUAUCCAUGCCAACUGAGUCUGGUGCCCGCAAGACAUCAAGCACCACUUCCAACAUCCAGAAGGCAGCCAGUUUGCACAAAGUGAUGCCAUCCCAGAGUACCUCCUCUCACCUGGUCCCCAAGCCUCCAGCCAACCACAAGCAGGCAGUGGUCAGAAAAGUGGCAUCCCAGAGGAUUUCCAAGGUAACCUCUACAGAAGGACAGCUAAAUGGAUUCAAGAACAGCCUUAACAGUGCAGCGUCCUGUGAGCCAGGUACAGAAUCUAAAGGUCCUUUGGAAGUUGGUUCCCAGCUUAUAUUCGCCAGAUCCAAACCUUUUUCCAGCCGUUCCAGAUCCACUGGCACAGUUGUAGGGCAGAGAAAGAGAAAGGCAGUGCAGGCAGGGCCAAUUUAAGUUCUUACUCUCAGUGAUGGACUAACCCUGAGCACCAGGUGAGAAGCCCAGUGCCAUAGCUCCUGAGUGAGAGGCAAGGAGAGGAGAAGCAGUGACUGCUCAUCACACCGCCCUCCCUUUAACACCCAGAUGAAGGUGACAGUGAGGCCCUGCUGCACAUUCCAAAGAAGUCCCUAAGGACAGGAGAGAAGUUGCAUAUCUGUGAAAACUGGGGGUAUGGUUCCGAACUGAGGGGCACCAUUCCCUCCCAGAACUUCUGCCACUGAGCCCCCGAGGUUUCUUCUCUUUCUCUCCUACACCAUAUUCCACUCACCAGCCAUAGAGACCCAUAUAAGACAGACGUCUUCCAGCGGUCUGCAUUGUGCUUCCCAAAGUCCAAGUUUGAACAUGAAGCCUCAUUUACUCACUCAUUUCAGUCCAUCCUAGUUCUGUAAUGGCCAUGGUUCUCUGUCCUCUACUGGGCACUGCUCACACCACAUGACAACCAGUGACAGAAGACAAACAGACCAUGUGAUGAGAGACGGUCUCAUUGCCAUCUUGAAUUUUGGCAGGAAGCCAUGAGAAUACUCAAUUUGAAUAAAGUAAUUUCAUUUUGUUUA